CAAGACAUCAGAAGAGGGUGCUGCAAUAGGAAAGAACCAAAAUGGCCGUCGGCUUUGUUUUCUCUCAUUUGGACGACUCUUUCGAGCAGAUUUUUGCAUUUCAGGCAAAUCAAAACAUGUUGUCUAUGGAAGCACAAGAUUGAGGAAGUAUUUGUAACUUGUUGAGUUGAUUGUUUGGGUGCAGAUUUCUGUGUUUCCAUUGAAAAAUCACUACAGUGAAAGUGUGUGUAUGUGAGCAUACUCAGUAAGUAUGCCAUGCUCAGGAUCAGCCCAACUUCUAACUUCUGAACUAAUUGUGCUACGGUAGGUUAUGUCAAUAUGAAUCUCAUAUUUAUGAUGAUUAAUGUGUUCCCAAAUAUACUUUGCAAAAAAACAAGGAGUGAAUCAAUUGGUACCAAAGGAUUUGGGGGUGAGAAAAAGUAAAUGUGUACAGUACUUCCAAUUGUUUGGCACUGACUAUCUUUAACUUAAAAUGAAAUACUGAUUGUAAAAAAAGACAAUUCAGCCUUUUGUAAAUGUGCUGCAAGAGUUUUUAAUGUCAAUGGCAAUAAACCAUUUCUCUCUCUCUCUGACUCAUGUUUAUUUCUGGACAUUACGUGAGUAUGGUGUUUGCUCUGACUGUUUAUUUAAGGACAGACGUACGUUACAGCCAUACCAUUGUUACAUUGUAAACUGAACCUGUAGGGCCACUACUAGACAGACAUUUGUCUUCAAAGAACUGAGGUGAGUUUAACCGAAAGGAUUCCCGCCGUGACCUGAGAAAAUUCAUGAUGCUGAAUAGUACCUUUAGCAAAUAAUACUACUGAAGAUGACAACAACAGCCGAGAUCGCCAUUCCACAGUCUGCGGAAGACAUCGCCCCCUCCUGGGUGCAGCAGGUACUGCAGAAGGACUUCCCUGGCAUCACCAUCACGGACGUCGAUGUCAAAGGAUCCAUCAGCGAAGGAGAAGGAUUCAUGAGUAACAUCAUCGCUUUUGAUGCCGUGGGAACCAGGAAUGGCACCAGUCAGCGCUACAGUCUCGUCGCUAAACUGACGGAUUUCCAGCGCCCACUCACAAUAAUGAAAGAGUGGCCGAAGGAAUAUCAUAUCAACAUCGAGAAGAUUGAAACUCAGUUUUACUCCGACGCUGUCCCUGAUCUUCUAUCUGUGGCAAUCCCAAGCACAGAGCGCGAACCUACAUCAGCCAAUGAAAAGGAUGAAAACAAAGCUCCAGAUGAUUCCUUCUUCUCCCCGAAAUGCUACUUUGCCGCCACAGACCCGAGCUCCAUGAUGUCCGUCAGGGUUAUGGAGAACCUGAAAACUCAGGGCUUCUCAAUCAAGGCCAACGGCCAACCUCUGAGCCGUGAGGAGAUGAUGCCUAUAGUUGCGGCCCUGGCGCAGCUGCACGGGCUGUCACAUCGACUGGAGCUCCGGUCAGGAAAACCCCUUCCCGAGACGUACGGCUGGAUUGUGACCCGGUCAGACAUUACAUCAGUGAUGAACAUAAUGACCAACCAGCACCAGACCUUCGUGAAGGACUUCGCCGCAGCUUUUCCUGACCAGACAGACCUUGUUGCCAGUCUGAGGAAGUUAGAUCUCCGGGCUAUCUUGAAGGAUGACUCCAGGCUUAAGGUGCUUUGCCAUGCAGAUUGUUACGCCAAUAACAUCAUGAUUAAGCACAAUGGAGACGUGCCCGCUGACGCAAAGCUUGUGGACUGGCAGACUACGAUGUAUGCGGUGCCAACCUAUGACCUGACUAUCCUGUUUCUUUGCAACACGAGUUGGGAUGUCUUCCACAAUGACAGGGACGCUAUCUUGGCCCACUAUCACCACAAGCUGCAGGAGACCUUGGGUCCAGACGGUGAUGUCAUUCUAGUACCGUCGGGCCUGCAGAGCUACACACUGGAGCAGUUGAAGGCAGAUUUCAAAGCCGACUGUCUGCACGGCCUUAUCUACCGUUUCACACGCGCAACGCCUCCAAGCCCAGAUCUUGUGCAGAUGAUCCAGGAGAUCAAGGAGUGGGGGCUGAUCUGAAGGGUCAUAUUCGUGACGUAUGGCAUUGGGCAAUCAGAAGCCCCAGUUCAUAUCGGAUAUGACAACGUAACAUCAUAGAAUUGCCACAAGUGGGGAAUAAUGACAUUGACCAAUCAGAAUGAGAGAUACAUGUGACAUUGACCAAUCAGAAGAAGAGAUAAGUGAUGUCAAGUGGUGAACAAUAACGUUAAGUCAUUGACCAAUCAGAAUAAGAGGACACUCAGAAGGGGAGGCACACAGGACAUUUAAUAGCCAAUCAGAAGGAGAGGCACACAGGACAUUAGCCAAUCAGAAGGAGAGGUACACUUGUCUAUGCCUUGUACAUGUACG